AUGCAUUUACAGAUACUACUAGCAGUAGCUGCAGCAGCAGCAGCUAUGGCUUUUUUGGGGCCAGCAACCGCUCAAGAUUCAUGUGAAACUUCAUGUGGUGAUCUGGCUAUUGCAUUCCCCUUUGGUUCAAAGGAUGGAUGCUACCUCAAUUCUGACUUCCUAGUAACUUGUAACCGAUCAUCUGGCGAGCCCAUACUUUUUCUUGGAGAAAGCGAAACCAAUCUUGUUAUUACAAAUAUAUCAACCUCUGAGAGUGAGAUGGAGAUUAUGAUGUUUGUAGCCCGUGAUUGCUACAAUUCCAGUGGUCCAGUACAAAGAACAAGUUCAUUUUUGAGGUCGGGGGAUUUCUGGAUCUCAACCAAGAACAGGUUUAUUGCCGUUGGGUGUGACACAAAUGCGUAUAUUAGCGGGAGAAGAAGGAACGAGUCUGGUAUUGGUACCGGAUGCAUUUCUAGAUGUUCUAGCAACAUAGGCAUCACAAAUGGGUCUUGCUCGGGAGUUGGGUGUUGUCAAGUAGAAAUCCCACAAGGAAUGAGGUCUUUUGACAUCCGUCUACGCAGCUACGAUAACCAUACAAAUAUAUUGGACUUCAACCCUUGUAGCUAUGCUUUUGUGGUGGAACAAGAAAAAUACAACUUUUCUACCAAUCAUCUGCUUGAUUUUGUAAGUGAUCAAGGCAGCAAGAUGCCGAUGUUACUUGAUUGGGCAAUUGGUAACCAGACUUGUCAGAUAGCAAGCAAGGAGCCCGACACAUUCUUGUGCAAGGGAAAAGGUCAAUAUUGUGUUGACGCAUAUGGACAUCCUGGAUAUCGCUGUCGAUGCAAAGAUGGUUAUGAAGGCAACCCUUAUAUUGAAGAUGGCUGCAAGAAUAUUAACGAGUGUGAACGCAAAGAUCCUCGUCUUUGCCAACAUGAGUGCAUUGAUCUCGACGGAGACUAUGAGUGUCGUUGUCCAAAAGGUUAUUCUGGAGGUGACAAGAAAGAUGGAACAGGUUGUACUGCAGAUGAAUCGCUCGUUAUAAAAAUUGUAGCAGGUACUUUAGGUGCUGCCAUAUUUCUGCUUGUAUUCAUCGCCUGGUUGUACUUGGGACUCAAGAAGCGUAAGCUUCUUAUGCUUAAGGAAAAAUUCUUCAGGCAAAAUGGUGGUAUAAUGUUGCAGCAAAGAAUUUCUGGUGAAGGGAAUUCUCAUCACGACCAAGCCAAAGUCUUCACCAUAGAGGAGCUUAAGAGGGCAACCAACAACUAUGAUGAGACCAGGAUUAUCGGAAAGGGUGGCUUUGGCACGGUUUAUAAAGGUGUUCUAUCUGAUAAAAGAACCGUUGCCAUCAAGAAAUCCAAACUAGUAGAUCAAACCCAAUCCCAGAUAGAGCAAUUUAUCAAUGAAGUGGUUAUCCUUUCCCAAAUCAAUCAUAGAAAUGUGGUGAAGUUGAUUGGAUGUUGCUUAGAAACGGAGGUCCCCUUGUUGGUUUAUGAAUUCAUUUCAAAUGGCACACUCUCUGAUCACGUACACAACGAAAGCAGGUCGUUGGCUCUUACUUGGGACAUCCGACUCAGAAUAGCAACCGAGACUGCUGGAGCACUUUCAUAUUUACACUCUGCGGCCUCUGUCCCGAUCAUCAGCCCAAGUCUAAGCCCAAAAGAAACAGCAAAAGAAAUCGAGAAGGAGCUUGGGCUGCUGCCCAAACCUGCUGCCCAAACCAGGAAGCGAGUCGCGAGAGAGAGAGACGUGUGCAGCGAGAGAAGUGCGAUGGAGAAGGGACAUCGUGCAAUGAUCGACGUGGGCAGCGAGGGUCGUGGAGAGGAACAAGAUAGAAGGGGCUGUCAAUACAAAAAGAGGGGAAUCUAUCGAGGGCAGGCUGUUUCGAUUAGGGGCAGUCGGUCGAGAGGAAGCAGUCAAGAAGGUGAGACUGUAAAUCGAACAGGAAGCAGUGGUCGAUUGAAAGUAAAGAGGGACGGAGGCUGGUUCGAGAGAGACCGAGAGAAAAGGACAGCAAGAGUGUUGUUCGAUUGCAGUCUAUCGAAGGGGGCGGUUCGAUUGAAGCUGUCACGAAGAAACCGAGUGACAGCAAGGGGCUGUCAAUUGAAAACAGCAGCAAGCAGUCGGAAUCGAGAAGGAGACGCAUGGGGGCUGUUCGAUUGA